GGAUAUAUCACAAUUGAACAUGAUAAGUGGUUUGUCACAUGAAUAUUUGUUCAGGAAGCGUAACGGUAAAUUGAUACAUUUCUAUUGCUUUUGUUUUCGCCGAGUAAGCAAAUACAUGGAGCCAUAUUGUACUACUUUUCAAGGAAAUGUGUUCUAAAAUAGCCAUCCCUUUGUCAGCCGAUCUUAGAUAAAUUGGCUCAGUUACAACCAGUAUAAUGUUGUGUUAAUUUUAUUUUAAAGUGAUAAUCAUUUUAGGUCAGUAGUGUAUAACAUCGAUUCGAAUAUAUUUAUAUCGAAUUCGGAGAUACAGUUAUUUGAAACAUUUGACAGUGUAGACGUUUGGGAAUGGCUACAAUUGACUGUAAGGUAGUUCUUCUUGGAAGUCCAAGCGUCGGAAAGACUUGCUUGUUGGAGAGAUAUCUACAUGGGCAAUUCAGCAACAACACACAAGCGACAAUAGCCGGCUCUUUUGCUGCUAAAAAGGAAGUCUUACAAAACGUUUCUGUUGUACUUGGUUGUUGGGAUACGGCGGGGAGCGAGCGCUAUGCUUCAAUUUCCCGAAUGUACUACCGAAAUGCACGUGCGGCUAUCGUCUGCUUUGAUCUGACAGAUCGGUCCACGUACGAAAAUGCAAGACACUGGGUGUCUGAACUUCUGGCUGAAGAACAGGACUGUAAAGUUUACUUCUGUGGAACUAAAUUAGACUUGGUUGUGGAUAAACCGGAUCUUCGACAGGUAGACAAGAAAAGAGCUCAAGAACUUGCACAUGAUUUACAAACCGACUAUUUUGAGACUUCAAGUAAAACUGGGGAAAAUAUUGAACCACUAUUCAAAAAGAUUGCAAAGGAUUACUCUGUGUGGGAGAGCAAUGACGUGUGCAGUAGGCUAAACGUCAAUGAUUCCAUCAAGAUACACCAGUCGAGCUGGAAGAACGACCCCCGAGUUCGAAGAGAAGGGGAGUCAGGUUGUUGCAUAAGAUGAUAAUGUUCUCGGUUUAGCCAUUUAUUCUUGCAGUUCUAAGAACAAACAUAUGAACAAAUACUGGUUUUACUUUGUAUGUAAUGUAUGGUUGCCAGCUUGUAAAAUAAUCUAAAACCAUAUGGACGAGCCUCGAAUGACUAUUCAACUUUCCAUUUUCAUUAGAAUAACAUUUUCUACCGCAUUCUCUGCAACGGAUCUUUUUCCCGGCUGCAAAAGUAACUUUAUCGCGCACCGUUCAGUGUAAAGCAAUUACUUUGACACAUAAGACUGUUUCAUGAUUAACUGAAUACAAAAUUGAAAUUUGAGGUGUAACUGAUACUGUUAUCAGUUAUGAGGGCAUAAAAAAAACUUAAAAUAUUCACGAUAGUUUUAGUUGUUAUGUAACUGUUGUAAGAUGAUAUUAAAAGUAUUAGAAUUUUGGUUUUUAUCACGUUGUUAAGAGAAUAAGGAAGGGGGUCGGAAAAGGAGAAAUAUUUUUUGGGGCAUUUGUCAAAUGCAAAUACCACUUAUUAAAUAUAUCCUUAUACCAUGAAAGUGUUUAUAAAAUGUAAACAAACAUCUGAUUUGGUCUCUGUUUGAUGAUUCUCAGAGCUUGUUGAUAUGUAUCUGUAAAUAAUAACUUUGAUUUAUAGAGAAUAUUAGGUUACUGUCUAAUAAGUUUAAAUUUAUUAAGUGAGUCGAAGAAAAUAUAAAAGUCGAGGCUCUAGACGAGAUUUUAAUUUUUUCAUAGAAAAGCCUAAUAAAUUUAAAUUUAUAAGACUGUAACCUAAUGUUCCAUUUAUCCUUCCUUCUGAUCUAAAAACAUUUUUAAUUAAAAUUCAAAAUUUACCACCAACUAGAUCUGAGUCUGCCUUGCAUAGAAAUUUAAAAAUUAGUACGCCCUCCAAAUUACACAAAUAGUUUUUAAAAUCCCAAAUAUUAUAAAAUAAACGUGGAAAAACAAAG